AUGCCGAUCCGUCUGGCCAGAAGGUGGACGUGGGUCGGCAGAGGCUGCGUCUUGCUUGGCCUCUUGACGGCCGCUUACUUUGCGGUCGAGCUGUCCGUUUCUUCCUUGGGUGCCUCCCUCGCUGGGGGCAGCAUCGCCAGCGGGAAAUGGGAGAGGCACUUUUCCGACAGAGCGAGCGAGGCUGUGGAUUUGGCUCGUCCGGUUUAUGACAAAUCCCCGCCCGACUCCCAUGCCCCAGGAGAAUGGGGUAAGCCCACUCGCCUGCAGCUGAGUCCUGAGGAGAAGAAACAGGAGGCAGAGCUUGUUGAAAAGUAUGCGAUUAAUAUUUAUGUGAGUGAUAAAAUCUCUUUCCAUCGGCACAUUGAGGAUAAUCGAAUGGGUGAAUGUAAGACCAAAUUUUACAACUACAGAAGACUGCCCACCACGUCUGUCAUAAUCGCUUUUUACAAUGAAGCGUGGUCAACGUUGCUGCGGACAAUACAUAGUGUUCUUGAAACAUCUCCUUCAGUGCUUCUGAAAGAAAUUAUAUUAGUCGAUGACUUGAGUGAUAAAGUAUAUUUGAAGGCUGACCUUGAAAAAUACAUAAGCAACCUGAAAAGAGUUCGCUUGAUAAGAACCAACAAACGAGAAGGAUUAGUUCGUGCACGCUUAAUUGGAGCAACCUUUGCUACUGGUGAUGUCCUUACAUUUCUAGACUGUCACUGUGAGUGUGUCUCAGGUUGGUUAGAACCACUGCUUGAGAGGAUUGCUGAGAAUGAGACUGUUAUUAUUUGUCCUGUUAUAGACACCAUUGACUGGAACACGUUUGAAUACUACAUGCAAACAACAGAGCCCAUGAUCGGGGGUUUUGACUGGCGGUUGACGUUUCAGUGGCACUCUGUGCCGAAGCAUGAACGUCUAAGGCGCAAAUCUGAAACUGACCCCAUCAGAUCUCCAACUAUGGCUGGUGGUUUGUUUGCUGUCAGCAAGAAGUAUUUUGAGUACCUGGGUACAUAUGAUACAGGAAUGGAUGUUUGGGGAGGGGAGAACUUAGAAUUGUCAUUUAGGGUUUGGCAGUGUGGAGGCAUUUUGGAGAUUCAUCCAUGCUCCCAUGUAGGCCAUGUGUUUCCGAAGCGUGCACCGUAUGCUAGACCAAACUUCCUUCAGAACACAGCACGUGCUGCUGAGGUGUGGAUGGAUGAGUAUAAAGAACACUUUUACAACAGAAAUCCUUCAGCAAGAAAAGAAAACUAUGGAGACAUAUCUGAAAGAAAGCUACUAAGGGAACGUCUGAAAUGCAGGAGUUUUAAAUGGUAUUUGAAAAACAUAUUUUCAGAGUUGCAUGUACCGGAAGAUCGUCCUGGCUGGCAUGGUGCUAUCCGCAGCAUAGGCAUUUCGUCAGAAUGCCUAGACUAUGCUUUACCAGAGCAUAAUCCUACAGGGGCUCACCUUUCUCUCUUUGGAUGUCAUGGUCAAGGAGGCAAUCAGUUUUUCGAAUACACAUCGAAUAAGGAGAUUAGGUUUAACUCUGUAACUGAACUAUGUGCCGAAGUCACUGACCAAGAUCUCGUUGGUAUGAGGAGCUGCCCAAAAGAUGAAUCUCCUAUCCCAGAAAACAUUAUUUGGCAUUUCAAAGACGACGGGACUAUUUAUCAUCCGCAGUCCGGAAAGUGCCUUAGUGCUUAUCGUACAACUGAGGGGCGUCCUGACGUGGAAAUGAGAACUUGUAAUUCUGCAGAUAAAAAUCAGAUUUGGAAGUUUGAAGAGUAAUGGUUACUGGUAGUAAGAAUCAAAUGGACUAUAAUCACCAAGGCUUUUACAUACAUGGUGGGCAAAGGGCAACAUUUGAUCGUGAAUGUCUUCAGAAGUGUCUUCCCUGCAGUGAUGUAGAAACUGUUUAGUGCAGUGAACUGUAUGGAAAAACAAAAGUAAAUAGUGGGGUUUAGUUUCUAAAACAUUAAGCCCAGAUCUAGGGCUUUUUAUUUUUGUAGAGUGUUGAUUCGUUAUUUUCUUGUUUUGACCUGCCUUGAUUCUGGGAAAACAAGGCCUGUUUAGUGGGCUGAAGAGGGUUUGUUUUUUUUUUUUAAGCACCAAACCUGCAAGAUCAUCUAUUUUGUAAAAGUAAAGAAUUUAUACCUUCAGAAGUAAAAGCUAAGGUUCUUGCAGCAAUAUUAACCAACCUGUUGUGCAGCUGCGUUAUAACAUGUGUAUCUAACACACUAAACAAUGCUACGGUAGCAUGAGGAUGAGUUGACUUUGAUGCGGAAAGCAGAAUCUGCUUUCUGGAUUCUGGCCUUGGAAUAUUAUGUAAUUUUACUGGUGAAUUUUCAUACAAAUACCUUGCAGUCCUGCCCCUGUGUGGGAAUGCUGAUCUGGCAAGGGUGACUCAGGAAUCUUCGUAUGUUUAGAAACGAGAAGGUAGCAGCAGUGGAAACAAGGACACACUACAGAAAAUAAGUGAAAAGAAAUAGGGAUGGUUAGAAGUAGGAGUUCUGUUGUUACUGGUGAAGCAAAGAGUGCAGACUUGCAUUAGCUACUACUGUUUCUUAGUUAUAUAUUUAUUAUUUACCUAGUCUUUGUCUAAGCUCUUCCACGUUAAGCUUGGCUUCCUAGGGAUACAGAGCUUAUACGACUGUACCAUGUAUCAAUUUUCCCAGCUCAGAGCAAAUUUUGAUUACAUCUUGCAAGCACUUGUACAAGUUUUGAACUGGCAGCGGGGUGAAGGAGGGAAACGCAAAGGAAAAGUUAGGCUAUCUUAUGUUUCCACACGUACUGUAUUUUGGCAACAGCUGGCAGGCCCUAUACCAUAGGUGGAGCUUUGAAAUAAUUGCAGCGUAUGCUGCUUCCUUCUAGUCAUAGCAGUGUCACAGGAGACUUGGGUGAAGUUGGAGUUACUGAGGCAUGGAAAAUUUAAGAGGCAAAAGACAAAUCUUGGGAAACCAGGGUUUGUUAGGUGGCUCACAGGACAUCUUAUUUUGAACGCAUGUAGUAGUAUUCUGUAUCCCGUUAUGCUAAGUGCUGAAGAAUAUUGGUGCUUGAACGGUGUCACUAACUCGUCUUCUUGUGUCUGAGUGUGAUUACAGACAGUAGAUGUGAUCGGUACGUUGUGUACUUGAAAAAAAUCUUGUUUUAGUAUCUAUGUUUUUGCCCAUAUAUUAUUGAGUUGAACAGUUACCUUAAUGUUUCAGGUAUUCCAGCUUUUUUUGAUUACUUUCAUUGAAGUAAUAGAUGUUUUCAGCAGCCACGAUAUAGUAAAUAUUGACAUUGGACUGGUAGGCAGGAACUUGAGCUGGUGAGCAAUAAGAAUGUGGAUAAGCACACUUGAGGAAUGUAAGUACGUUUAAGUUUGCUGUAGGCCUUGGUAGGUAAAAGAGUUAAAAGGAAGCAAAUGACACCUGAAAUGAGUAAGGAUUUGCCACAGAAAGACAAAGCAAAAGUAAAUUAAGAUACGCAUUUGAAUCUAAGUGAUUGGAAAGAGCCGAAAGAUUCGGAUGACUACUGACAAGCAAAUUAAAACAGGCUAAAAUAGAAGGGGAACACAGGAGGAAAAUUUGAGUCUGGGGAUGUAGUGCUGAAUCACAGUAAAAAUGUUUGCCACUGUGUGGCAUGGGUUGUUUUAAGCCUUGAUAACUUAUUUAAAGAGUUACUUGCAAUUUGACUUUUUUUUCUAAGCUGAUUUUUGAGGAAAAAUGGAAAAAUCCUUUACUCUAUAAAGGAGGCAUUCCCAGAAAAUGCAGUUUUCCUAUUGUGACAAGGAAUUCUUGUGUAGACCUGCAAGUUAUGAAUCAUUUAUCAACCUUUAAAAAGACGGCCACCCAUUAUGUACGGGGGCAGGAAAUUAUACCAAGUAUGUGCUUUUGUGAAAAGCUUGCUGUUAACUGUUACGUUACAUAGAAACAAGAGGAAAAAGAUGCAGGUACUUCUACAUAGCAGUCAUCAGUUGUAUAUGCAAUGCAUGCUUCCUCAGAUGAAAGUAAUUCAGCAGUGUGAAUAUCAACUAUGCAGCUUUUUAUACGAUUUUAAAUUUUCUUUAAGACUCGGCAAAAACUAGAUUUUGUGUAAAGAGCUCCUUACGUGCUAAAUAUGACAUUCAAAGUGCUAUAUGAGCAAAAGAAUCUAGGUGAACCCAUCUGUUAAAGUUUGAAGACCUCUUCUCUGCAUGGUUCUGAACCCUUCCUCCUUUGCCCCACCACAUCCCAAUCUAUUUUUGGUUGUUUAAAAACACCAAAGCAAAAAAAAAAAUAUAGAGCAGAAGUAAAUCACCUGACCCUUAAAAAUAUAUAUAUUAUUUCCUCCCGAUAGGAACAAUUUAAACAAAAUAAUAAUUGUGGUAGGUGGCUGGGGAAGGGGGGGAGAGAGAGAAAGAGAGAGAUGGAGGGAGGGAGUAAAGCUACCAUUCCAAGUUCAGCUAGCAUUAAACUUAAUUGUAGCAAUGCUACAGAAAUACUUUAAUCCAAAUGUUUUUCAGUGUGUAAAAGAUUUCUGG